AUUGGCAACACAUAUUUCUAUUGACAUCACAGCUGUUCGUUUCGUGUGGUCUGUCUUGCUAGGGAAAAUUGUAAUUAUUAAUCUGAAAGUACAAUCUUAUGUAGACAGUAUUGCUUAGAUCAUCUGUCUAAUUUAUCGAAAUACUAUGCCUCUUUUUGGUAAGUCUCAAAAGAGCCCAGCGGAGCUUGUGAGAUCAUUGAAAGAUGCAGUCACUGCUUUAGAAAGGGGCGAUAAGAAAGCCGAAAAAGCCCAAGAAGAUGUAAGCAAAAAUUUGGUUUUGAUAAAGAACAUGCUAUACGGCACAUCCGACGCCGAACCACAAACUGAUAUCAUAGUAGCACAGUUAGCUCAGGAACUGUACAACACCAACCUGCUUCUGCUUCUCAUCCAGAAUCUAAACCGCAUCGACUUUGAAGGCAAGAAAGAUGUUGCUCAAGUGUUCAACAAUGUUCUUAGACGUCAGAUUGGCACCAGGUCCCCCACAGUUGAGUACAUAUGCACUAAGCCUGAGAUACUGUUUACUUUGAUGUCCGGGUAUGAACAUCAGGAGAUAGCAUCCAACUGCGGCACAAUGCUACGAGAAUGUGCCAGAUACGAGGCUUUGGCUAAAAUAAUGUUGUAUUCAGAUGAUUUUUACAAUUUCUUCCGUUAUGUAGAAGUUUCCACUUUUGAUAUUGCCUCAGAUGCCUUUUCUACUUUUAAGGAAUUGCUAACGCGACAUAAAAUGUUGUGUGCCGAGUUUCUAGAAACAAACUACGAUAAAGUGUUCAGUCAUUAUCAGCGGCUGCUGAACUCUGAAAACUAUGUGACUCGACGGCAGAGCCUGAAGCUACUGGGAGAGUUGUUACUUGACCGCCACAACUUCUCCAUAAUGACACGUUACAUCACUAACCCUGAUAAUCUCAAGCUUAUGAUGAAUAUGCUAAAAGAAAAGUCACGUAACAUUCAGUUUGAAGCUUUCCAUGUUUUUAAGGUAUUUGUCGCCAACCCAAACAAACCAAAACCCAUAUUGGAUAUUUUGCUAAGGAAUCAAGAUAAAUUGGUAGACUUCCUCACCAAGUUCCAUACAGAUCGUUCUGAGGAUGAGCAGUUCAAUGAUGAGAAGGCUUAUCUUAUAAAGCAAAUUAAAGAACUCAAGCCAUCGGAACACUAACAAUUAUUGCAUUUCAUUGAAUCGCCACUUCCUCCUCAGAAAGAAGUUAGUUAUAGAUGCUAUUAUAUUUAAAAUGCUUCUAAGUCACCAGAGGGUGUUGUGCGGCGCCGCAAAGACACAAGGUUCAGUAAUAAACAUUGGAAAUCUAAAUAGAUUUUACAUUUGGUCUGUGAUGAGUCAGGGAAAGUAUAUUUGUGCUACGAGCAAAAUAACAUUUUUAAUAAACAAUUGUAGGAAUUAGUGUUACUUAUGGUUUGACUUAUAUCUUUUGUAAGUUGUUAAAACCAUUUUUAGUUUUUAUGACGUGUUUAGUGACAGCUUCGGAGUCACAAUCGAAAUAUUUAUCAUUGUAUUUUAUCACAUUAGUCUGCAAGAUCCCUAAGUUUUUAAUUUAUUUAGAUAUGACUAAAUGAAACUGGUAACCGUGAUCUUUAAAAGAGAUUUGUAUAUAUAUGACAUUUUUUAAUUGGAGUGUUUUGUAAUGUUUAUUUUUUGUAUUUUAAAUCAAUAUCAGAAGUAUAAAUUGUUGAACAUGAAGGAAAGUAUAUUUUAUAUUGUAUAUGUAUAUCAUUCGUAUCAGUAUUUGUCAUAAUUACAACAGAAAGUAAUAUUAUCAUUAUUUACUUCGAACCUAACAUAAUGUUGAUAUUUUUAACACAUUUUGUUCCAUACUUAGUCGUAAUUUGGAUUAUUUUAUACAUAUUUCCAAAAUUUGCACAGGUAUUUCUUUAUUAAAUUAAAUUAUUAGAUAGGUAUCUUUAAGUUUUCAAAAUUGCUGUAUCAUAUUUUAAUGUUUAAUGAUUAUUUUGUCAGCAUCAUUAAUGCAAUUACAUUCUAUAGAAACGGAAUAAAUACAAUAUUUAUAUCAUUUUCA